GUCCGCUGGAGGCUGGGAGCGCGCCGGCCGGACACUCCUCGCGGCUCCUCCCCGGCGGCGGCAGCUGCAGCAGCGGCGGCGCGGAGCGGGCUCCGGGGCUGGAAGGCAACGGCCCGAGGACGCCGGGCGGCGAGGAUUACCGGGGGAGGUGGCUGUCUCUCGGGCUGGAGCCGCGGAGAGGGGCGCUCGGGGCAUUAGGGCCGGCGGCGGCGCUGCGAGAAGAGACAGGCUCCGGCGGCAGCGGCGGGCGCCCGCGAGGAGCGCGGGCACCGGGCGAGCAGGCCGCGUCGCGCUCACCAUGGUCGGCUGCUGGGACACCGGGGUCCUGCUGUGCGCGCUGCUCGGCGGUCUGCUUCUCACAGGAUCUAGUUCAGGUUCAAAAUUAAAAGGUCCUGAGCUGAGUUUAAAAGGCACCCAGCACGUGAUGCAAGCAGGCCAGACGCUGUAUCUCAAAUGCAGAGGGGAAGCAGCCCAUUCGUGGUCUCUGCCCGCCUCGGUGAGGAAGGACAGCCGGAGGCUGAGCAUAACGAAGUCCACCUGUGGGAGGAGCGACAAGCAGUUCUGCAGCACUUUGACCUUGAACGCAGCUCAGGCAAACCACACCGGCUUCUACAGCUGCAAAUAUCUAGCCACACCUCCUUCAAAGAAGAAGAGAGCAGAAUCCACAAUCUACAUAUUUAUUAAUGAUACAGGUAGACCUUUCUUAGAGAUGCACAGCGAGAUCCCCGAGAUUAUAAACAUGACUGAAGGCAAGGAAGUCAUCAUCCCCUGCCGGGUUUCCUCACCCAACAUCUCUGUUACUUUAAAAAAGUUUCCACCUGAUACGCUGGACGGAAAGAGAAUCACCUGGGACAGUAGGAGGGGUUUUAUAAUAUCCAAUGCAACAUACAAAGAGAUAGGGCUGCUGACAUGUGAAACCAUCAUCAAUGGACAUUUGUACAAGACAAACUACCUCACGCUUCGACAAACCAACACAAUCACAGAUGUCCGAAUAAGCACGCCGAGCCCCGUCAGACUGCUGAGAGGUCACACUCUCGUCCUCAACUGCACGGCCACCACGCCCUUGAACACCAGAGUUCAGAUGACCUGGAGUUACCCCGGGGAAGUAAAUAAGAGAGCCUCUGUAAGGCGACGCAUCGACCAAAGCCAUUCUGAUAACAACGUCUUCUACAGCAUCCUUGUUAUUGACAAAGUGCAGAACAAAGACAAAGGGCUUUACACCUGUCGCGUGAAAAGCGGCCCAUCCUUCAGAUCUGUUAACACCUCAGUGCAUAUCUACGACAAAGCAUUCAUCACUGUGAAGCAUCGAAAACAGCAGGUGCUUGAGACCGUAGCUGGCAAGCGGUCUUACCGGCUCUCUGUGAAAGCGAAGGCCUUCCCAACGCCGGAAGUUGUAUGGUUGAAAGAUGGGAUUCCAGCCACUGAGAAAUCUGCCCGCUAUCUGGUGCGUGGCUAUUCAUUAAUUAUCAAAGAUGUAACUGCAGAAGAUUCGGGGGCUUACACAAUCCUGCUGGGCAUAAAACAGUCAAAUGUGUUUAAAAACCUCACCACCACUCUCAUUGUAAAUGUGAAACCCCAGAUUUACGAAAAGGCUGUGUCAUCCUUCCCGGACCCGACCCUCCACCCGCUGGGCAGCAGACAGGUCCUGACUUGCACCAUUUAUGGUGUCCCUCCACCUGCCGUCACGUGGCUCUGGCGUCCCUGUGGCCAUAAUCAUUCCAAAGCCAGGUAUGACUUUUGCUCCCGUAACGAAGAGUCCUUUGUCCUGGAUCCUGCCAGCACCGUAGGAAACAGAGUCGAGAGCAUCACUCAGCGCACGGCAGCCAUAGAAGGAAAGAAUAAGACGGCCAGCACCCUGGUUGUGGCGGACUCCAGAAUUUCUGGAAUCUACACGUGCGUGGCUUCCAACAAAGUGGGGACUGUGGAGAGAGACAUAAGCUUCUAUAUCACAGAUGUCCCCAACGGGUUUCACGUGAGCCUGGAAAAGACGCCCACAGAAGGGGAAGACCUGAAGCUGUCCUGCACGGUGAACAAGUUCUUAUACAGAGACCUCACCUGGAUUCUGCUGCGGACGGCUCACAACCGAACAACGCGGCACAGCAUCCGCAAGCAGAAGACGGCCACCACCAGAGACUACUCCGUGACCCUCAGCCUCGUCGUCAAGAACGUGUCGCUGGAAGACUCGGGCACCUAUGCCUGCCGAGCCAGGAACAUCUACACAGGGGAAGAAAUCCUUCAGAAGAAAGAGGUGACCAUUAGAGAUCGGCAAGCCCCAUACCUCCUGCGAAACCUCAGCGAUCACACGGUGGCCGUCAGCAGCUCCGCAACCUUAGACUGUCACGCUAACGGUGUUCCCGAGCCCCAGAUUACCUGGUUUAAGAAUAACCACAAAAUACAACAGGAGCCUGGCAUUAUUUUAGGGCCAGGAAGCAGCACGCUGUUUAUUGAAAGAGUCACGGAAGAGGAUGAAGGCGUCUAUCACUGCAGAGCCACCAACCAGAAGGGGUCCGCGGAGAGCUCGGCAUACCUCACCGUGCAAGGAACCUCGGACAAGUCCAGCCUGGAGCUGAUCACCCUGACGUGUACCUGUGUGGCUGCCACCCUCUUCUGGCUCCUGCUAACCCUCUUUAUCCGAAAACUGAAAAGGUCUUCGUCUGAGAUUAAAGCUGACUACCUGUCAAUCAUCAUGGACCCAGACGAAGUCCCCCUGGACGAGCAGUGCGAACGGCUGCCUUACGAUGCCAGCAAGUGGGAGUUUGCCCGGGAGAGACUGAAGCUGGGCAAAUCACUGGGAAGAGGGGCCUUUGGGAAAGUGGUCCAGGCAUCUGCCUUUGGCAUUAAGAAAUCACCCACGUGCCGGACGGUAGCUGUAAAAAUGCUGAAAGAGGGGGCCACCGCCAGCGAGUACAAAGCCCUGAUGACUGAGCUCAAGAUCUUGACCCACAUCGGCCACCAUCUGAAUGUCGUCAACCUGCUGGGAGCCUGUACGAAGCAAGGAGGGCCUCUGAUGGUGAUCGUUGAAUAUUGCAAAUAUGGAAAUUUAUCCAACUACCUCAAGAGCAAACGCGCCUUAUUCUUCAUCAACAAGGAUGCAGCUUUACACGUGGAGCCUAAGAAAGAAAAAAUGGAGCCAGACCCGGAGCCGGGCAAGAAACAGAGACUAGACAGUGUCACCAGCAGCGAGAGCUUCGCGAGCUCCGGGUUUCAGGAAGAUAAAAGUCUGAGCGAUGCCGAGGAAGAGGAGGAUUCCGAUGAUUUCUACAAGCAGCCCAUCACAAUGGAAGAUCUGAUUUCUUACAGUUUUCAAGUGGCCAGAGGCAUGGAGUUUUUGUCUUCCAGAAAGUGCAUUCAUCGGGACCUGGCGGCACGAAACAUACUCUUGUCUGAGAACAACGUGGUGAAGAUUUGCGAUUUUGGCCUCGCCCGGGAUAUUUAUAAGAACCCCGAUUACGUGAGAAAAGGAGAUACGCGGCUUCCUCUGAAGUGGAUGGCGCCCGAAUCCAUCUUUGACAAGAUCUACAGCACCAAGAGCGACGUGUGGUCCUACGGUGUGCUGCUCUGGGAGAUCUUCUCCCUAGGAGGGUCCCCGUACCCGGGCGUGCAGAUGGACGAAGACUUCUGCAGCCGUCUGAAGGAGGGCGUGAGGAUGAGGGCGCCCGAGUACGCCACCCCGGAAAUCUAUCAGAUCAUGUUGGACUGUUGGCACAAAGACCCCAAAGAAAGGCCAAGAUUUGUGGAACUUGUGGAAAAACUAGGCGACCUGCUGCAAGCCAAUGUACAACAGGACGGCAAAGACUACAUCCCCCUCAACGCCAUUCUGACGAGCAACAGCGGCUUCACGUACUCCACUCCCGCCUUCUCCGAGGACUUCUUCAAGGAAGAUAUUUCUGCUCCCAAGUUUAACUCAGCAAGUUCGGAUAAUGUCAGAUACGUAAAUGCAUUCAAUCUCAUCAGCCUGGAAAGAAUCAAAACCUUUGAAGAACUUUCCCCAAAUGCCACCUCUGUGCUCAACGACUACCAGGUGGACAACGGCUCCCUGCUGGCCUGCCCCUUGCUGAAGCGCUUCACCUGGACAGAGAGCAAGCCCAAGGCCUCACUCAAGAUUGACCUGAGAGUAACCAGCAAGAGUAAGGAGUCAGGGCUCUGUGACCUCAACAGACCCACUUUCUGCCACUCCAGCUGUGGGCACCUCAGCACGGGCCAGCGGAGAUUCACCUAUGACCACUCGGAGCUGGAGAGGAAGAUUUCGUGCUGCUCCCCUCCCCCCGACUACAACUCGGUGGUCCUGUACUCCAGCCCUCCCGUCUAAGCCGCCGCACAGCCCUUCCAGCACCACGUGUGUAUCGAUUCCCCCAGAAAACGAGCUUUGCCAAUAUUAUUCACGUAUAAAUGUACGCCUUCACCUUU